AUGGCCAAGAGCUCCUUCCUGGACCAGCUGUCCACCGGCCCGGUGCUGGGCGGCGGGGCUCGACCGGUGAUGUGCUAUCCCGACCCCCAUUCCUUGGGGGGCCCCAACGGCGGCAUCCCCUUCCGAUGCUAUGGCAUGGCCAUGCUCCAAGACUCCUCCGAGGCCGUGCGAGGCCUCAACUUGCCAAACCUCUCGCGGCCUUCGCCCUUCGACUCAGCGGAUCCGCUGCAAGGCUGUGCGCCGCUCGCACUUCUGGUCCCGUUCCAGACUGUGCGGGCUCAGGAACGAAGGCGCCAGGUCGACUUCCUCUGA